AAGAAGAAGAAGAAGUUUGAUGGUGGGCUUAUCUGCUGUGAAAACGUGUUGGGUUCAGCCCAGAGAUAGAUCAGCAACGUGCAGGAAACUCCUGCAGAAGAAACAUUCAUGGAGUUCAAAGAAGUCUUCGUGAAGACGGAGGAAGAGAUGGAUGAUCAGCGCAGACUGCUGGAUUUCAGCCGGAUACCCCUGAUAAUCUUACACCGAAUAGAUCCUCCUGUGUGUAAAGACGAAGGUGUUCACAUCAUUCUCAGUCACAAGGAGGGGAACUUUACUUUAAAUGAAGAGCAACCAGAACCUAUGCAGAUAAAAUGGGAGAAAGGGAAACACGGACAUGAACAAUUUAAAGAGGAAGAGAGGCAACUCUGCAUCAGUCAGGUUGAAAAGCAACUUGUGCUGAAACAGGACACUGAUGAGAUUUUAAUUAUUCCUUUCAAUGUGCAAAGAUUCCACAAUGAAACAGAACAAAACGGGAACAAAUUAAUCUUUCAGGCUUUCCCUGAAGUUGAGGACCGGGAUCAGGAAGGAAACAAUAAUGGGGACCCAAGAAAAAGGAGAGAAGAGCAGAAGCAAAAUGAGAGAUGUGAGAAACCCAAACAGCAGAGAAGCAAUAAGAAAACUCACCCAAACCGAUAUAUACAUUCUUGUAAAAUUGGUCUUAACAUUUUUUCUCAAAAAGGUAACUUAAGUACACGCAUGAAAACAGAGAAGGCUAUACCUUUCACAUGUGUGACCUGUGGAAAAAGUUUUGCAAGAAAAGAUAAUUUGACAUAUCACAUGAGAACUCACACAGGAGAAAAGCCUUUCACAUGUGUGACCUGUGAAAAAAGUUUUACAAGAAAAUAUUAUUUGACAUUUCACAUGAAAACUCACACAGGUGAGAAGUCUUUUCCAUGUGUGACCUGUGGAAAGAGUUACAGUAAUGGAUGUAAUUUAACGUAUCACAUGAGAACUCACACAGGUGAGAAGCCUUUCACAUGUGUGACCUGUGGAAAAAGUUUUACGAGAAAAGAUUAUUUGACAUAUCACAUGAGAAAUCAUACAGGUGAGAAACCUUUCUCAUGUGUGACCUGUGGAAAGCGUUACAGUGAUAAAAGUAGUUUAAGGUAUCACAUGAGAACUCACACAGGUGAGAAGCCUUUCACAUGUGUAACCUGUGGAAAGAGUUACAGUGAUAGAAGUGGCUUAACUUAUCACAUGAGAACUCAUACAGGUGAGAAGCCUUUCACAUGUGUGACCUGUGGAAAAAGUUUUACAAGAAAAAAUACUUUGACAUUUCACAUAAAAACUCAUACAGGUGAGAAGCCUUUCUCGUGUGGGACCUGUGGAAAGAGUUACAGUGAUAGAAGUGGCUUAACUUAUCACAUGAGAACUCAUACAGGUGAGAAGCCUGUCUGAUCAGCUUCUCCCAACAGUAUUUGCGCUACAGUGUCUACAGCGGGGGUCACCAACCUUUUUGAAACAGAGCUACUUCAUUGGUACAGAGUCAUACGAAGGGCUACCAGUAUUGAUCUUUGAACUAAAAGGAGUCAAGAGUUUACCUUAACUUUAUGUAAAAUAAACACAUUUUUAAUGCUUUGUUA